AAAUUUAGAAUGUAAUUUUUUGAAGCAGCUGAACUAAAACUUUCGAAACAAUUACCAGGACUCCAACCCCACAACACCCUUGUGAUUCCCAUCUCCCCAUAACAUACAAAAUCAAGAGCCAUGGCCACAGAAGAUUUCAGCUUCCCCAUAAUCGGGAACGCCUUCCUAUGCAGCAUCGGUUCGCCGCAGUUGUGGCAACUCUCUCCGGCAGCCUCUCCAGACUCUUGCAGCCAUGAAGAACAUGUGGAAGAUUGUUUUGCACCAGAACCAAUCAAGAACAGCCAAAGAGGGAGCUUCUCAUGUGCAGAGGAUGGUGGAAAAGAGGUGAAUGAUGGGAAGGAUGACGACAACGAAAACGACAACGACGAUGAUGAAGAGGAGAAGAUGGACAUGUUGUGGGAGGAAUAUUUCAAUGAAGAGUUGUCAAGAAGUUCUACGUCAAGAUCCAAUACUUUUUCUUCCAGAGAUAUGGUGGAAUUGGGCAGUGUUAAGCCAUUGACUAGGAAGCCAGGCAUGCUGUCGAUCAUGAAGGUGUUCAAGAAGCUUCUCUUGCUCCAUAAAAAUUCUCAUGGAAAGCCCAAAAUGACUCGAAAUUAGCUAAACUAGUGUACUAGAACUCUUGCUUUCGAUUAUUGAGGGCUAUACUUCAUUCAUAGUGCUGUUUUUGUCAUUAAUUUACUUAUAAUUGUACAGUAAUUAGCAUGAAAUCUUGUUCCUUUCAUGGAUAUACAGAGAAAAUGAACGUUUUUUAAUUGAAGUAUUUUAGUUUGGAUGCCUCUUGGUGACGCUGCAGCAAUAAUGCAGCAUUAACAGAUAUUAGUUUGGGAUCUGGCGUCAUGGCCAGGGAUCUUGGACUAUUUGGUUUAGUAUCAUUAUUCAAUGUUGC